UUGGACAGGACAGAAGUGAUCAAGAGCAACUUGCAUCCACUCUUUGGGAAGGUUUUCUGUCUGGAUUACUACUUUGAGGAGGUACAGAAGCUGCGAUUUGAGGUGUACGACAUCCACGGCACUCACAGCAUAGGGACCCGCGACGAUGACUUCCUGGGAGGCAUGGAGUGCACGCUCGGUCAGAUCGUGGCCCAGAAGAGAAUGAUAAAACCUUUGCUGCUGAAGUACGGUAAAUAUGCCGGCAAAUCCACCAUCACA